GCGGGCGUGCGUGUAUGUGCGAGUGCGAGUGCGAGGGAGGCCGGCCUUUAGUGUAACCGGAGCUACAAAGAAGGGGAGAGUCCGGAGCGGGAGGGAGGAGCGGCGGCGGCGGCGCCGGGGGCAUCUCCGCCACCCUCCCCUCGGAAGGAGCCCCCGCCGCGGGGCCGCCCCUCGGCCGCUUCCCCGCGCCCGCGCCCACCCGGCAUGAUGAAGAAGAACAAUUCCGCCAAGAGGGGGCCUCAGGAUGGAAAUCAUCAGUCUGCACCGCCUGAGAAGGUCGGCUGGGUCCGGAAAUUCUGCGGGAAAGGGAUUUUCAGGGAGAUUUGGAAAAACCGCUAUGUGGUGCUGAAAGGGGACCAGCUCUACAUCUCUGAGAAGGAGGUAAAAGAUGAGAAAAAUAUUCAAGAGGUGUUUGACCUGAGUGACUAUGAGAAGUGUGAAGAGCUCCGGAAAUCCAAGAGCAGAAGCAAGAAAAAUCAUAGCAAGUUCACUCUUGCCCACUCCAAACAGCCCGGGAACACGGCACCCAAUCUGAUCUUCCUGGCAGUGAGUCCAGAAGAGAAGGAAUCGUGGAUCAGUGCCCUCAACUCUGCUAUCACCCGAGCCAAGAACCGCAUCUUGGAUGAGGUCACUGUCGAGGAAGACAGCUAUCUCGCCCACCCUACUCGAGACAGGGCAAAAAUCCAACACUCCCGCCGCCCCCCAACUCGAGGACACCUAAUGGCUGUGGCUUCGACCUCUACCUCAGAUGGGAUGCUGACCUUGGACCUGAUCCAGGAGGAGGACCCUUCCCCUGAGGAACCAACCUCUUGUGCUGAGAGCUUCCGGGUCGAUCUGGACAAGUCUGUGGCCCAGCUGGCGGGCAGCCGGCGGAGAGCAGACUCAGACCAUAUCCAGCCCUCCUCAGACCGGGCAAGCGGCCUUUCCCGACCUUGGGAAAGGCCAGACAAGGGGGCCACCUACACCCCCCAGGCACCCAAGAAGUUGACCCCCACAGAGAAAGGCCGCUGUGCCUCCCUGGAGGAGAUCCUGUCUCAGCGGGACGCUGCCCCAGCCCGUACCCUCCAAUUGCGGGCCGAGGACCCCACAACCCCCAUCCCACCCCACCCGGGGCAGCUGUCCCGGAUCCAGGACCUGGUAGCAAGGAAACUGGAGAAGACUCAGGAGCUACUGGCAGAGGUUCAGGGACUGGGAGAUGGGAAGCGAAAGGCCAAGGAGCCCCCUCGGUCUCCUCCUGAUUCUGAGUCAGAGCAGCUGCUGCUGGAGACGGAACGGCUGCUGGGAGAGGCAUCAUCGAAUUGGAGCCAGGCGAAGAGGGUGCUGCAGGAAGUCAGGGAGCUGAGGGACCUGUACAGACAGAUGGACCUGCAAACCCCUGACUCCCACCUCAGACAGACCACCCAGCACAGUCAGUACCGGAAGAGCCUGAUGUGAAGGAAGGAGACAAGAGUCUGGAACUUGUAGGGGGUGGGCAGACUCUUAUCUCCAAGUGUUGCAGGAUAAAGCUUUUUUAUUUACCUCAGUCAAAAAAAGAAAACAAAACAGUCAAACUCGUUGCUCUUGCUCGAUGUCCAACCCUCCUAUAACCCCCCUUUGCCAACCUCCUUUCCUUCCUUACCCCCCUCCAUCUCUCUCAGACCUAAAUUGCCUCCAAUGUGAGGAGGAGGUGACCCCUAUAGCAGUAUUAAGAAGCUUUCACCUGGAUGGAGAGAGAGAGAAAGGGUAAUAAAGGCACAGUCUGACCAUUUUACACCUGCCACCCCUCUGAGACCUGAUGGGGAAUAUACUGCUGCUCCCAAGGACAUGUACAGGCUUCUGAGUUGGAGGGGGCGUUUUCUCUUAUGUCCCAUUCCAGGUUUUCAGUCUGAGGGUGAAAUUUCAGCUGCCCAGCUCUAGCUCUAGGGAUGUGGAAGCCAGUGCCACCUGUCCAUGCACACAGAAGUGAAAUUUAUCCCAGCUCUGAGAAGGAGUUGUGGAAUUAAAAUCUCCCCCCGCCAGACACUGGCUUCUCACUCAGAGAGUCUUUGAUUGAGUCUGAGCUGCCUGGCUUUCUUAUUUGACAUGUUUCUUCCCUUCAUCUGCCACACCCUUCCCAACACUAAUUCAGAGAUACGACACUGGACAGAUGGGACUGGUUUGGCAGUUUGGUUAGGGGGCCUAGCACAGGGGAACUGGGUACAGCUGACCCCACAGAAGAGCCAAACUAAGAAUGAAACUGAUUUGUGAUGCAAGCUGGGUAGGAUGAAGGGGAAAACCAAACGUAUGCCCAGGUUCCUCUUUCGGCCAAGCUAUGGUUUCCUGUAGCCUCUCCCUCUCCUUCCUCAAUCCUCUCUUCCAACACUAAUCAAGCCCCGACUUUAGAAAAACAUCUUUAUGCUCACACCCCCACCCUCCUGACCACCUUUGGAGCUGCCAGGCUCCCUUGCAUUCUUGUCAAUGAUAGAUCCUACACAACUCAUGUUAUUCUGUUUGCUGCUUUCCUCUGAAGUUUCUAAGAUCAGGUUUACUAAUAGUGAUAGGGUCCAGAGAGGAGUUGUGAAGGCAAGAUGGGAAUGGUUUUUGGAAAGAAGGGGACAGAGAGCCUCAUGAAACAAGUAGAUGAGAGGUUUAGAAAAGCACUUAGGGGGCUGGCCUGGUGGCACAGUGGUUAAGGUCAGCACGCUCCGCUUCAGCAGCCCGGGUUCACAAGUUUGGAUCCCAGGCACAUACCUACACUACUCAUCAAGCCAUGCUGUGGUGGCUACCCACAUAUAAAAAUAGAGGAGGAUGGGCACAGAUGUUAGCUCAGGGACAAUCUUCCUCAAGCAAAAAGAGAAAGAUUGGCAACAGGUGUUAGCUCAGGGCCAGUGGUCCUCACCAAAAAAAAAAAAGCACUUAGAAGUGUACCCCUUGCCACCCUUGCCAGCUUCUUGAUCCUCUUCCCUAGAUCUCCUCUCACCUCCAAGACCCAAGACCUAGAUCUUCACUGGGAGACAAAUUGCCUGUAGACCCUGGCAUGAGGCUGCCCUAAUAUGACAUUCAGGAAGAUGCGGUAGGAGAGAAGGAAGGAAAAUCCUUUGAGUGAAAUGCAGACCCUUCAAUUCCCAUUCUUCUGCUCUGACCUCACUCCCACCACCCAUGUAAGCAAGAUGGGGGACCCUCUCCAAGUUAAACCAUCUCUAGGGAGGAGAGAUUCAUGCUCUCUUUUAGUCCCCACCACUCACAGUCAUGAGGAUUCCCUAGAUCUAGCCUGCAGUUAUCUAAACUAGUCUCUUCCCUGAGAAACAUGUAUCCUACUUGAGUGAGGGAAAGUGCACGAGGGCACCACCUAAACGUCAUUCCCAGGGUCUCCUGGGGUAGCAGGUGAGGGAACCUAGGUCUGAGGCUUCCUGUCCUCCAAGCAGUCUUCACUCUCCUAAACUCCAAGCAAGGGCAGCAGAGCCACCCAUUGUCACAAAUAUUGAAAGUCUAGGUUAAGAUGAUAUUUACUUUCUUUUUAUAAAUCUCCAUCUUUGUAUUAAUUUUAUUUUACCAGAAUUUUCCCUUUUCUUUUUUUCCUUAUUGUUCCCAUAAUGAACAAAAAGACAAAAUUAAGAAUGACAUGUAUAUCCCAACAUGCCAAUUAUCUGUGGCUCCCGGGGGAGCUAGAGGAUGGAGGGAGACACUGGAGAGGAGAAUGACAGGUACAGGGAAGAAGAAGAGAAAGAUCAGGGACCCUGGGAGGCAGAGCUGAGUACUGGGCUCCUGGAGUCUUCAGGCACCAGAACCAGGCCACACGGUGGUAAAAUGAGCAUGCUUUGGAACCAGACAGAUCUGGGUUCGAAUUCUGACUUUUUAUGAGGCCCUUGGCAAGGCACAAGCUUUCUGAGCAUCAGUUUUCUCAUCUGCAGAAUGGAGCGCUGUUGGAUAGGUAAAGACGAUGUAUGGAAAAUGCCUGGCAGUCAGUAAAUUGCUGCUGUGCUGUGUGGUUGGUUAUUAGUUUGACUCAGUGGGCUGUGAAAAGCUAGCUCAGGUGGCAGGAGUAGGCUUGAAUGAGGCUUGGGGCAUGGGGUUAAUAACUGUCACUUUGUUCUAGUAUAUGAGGUGAUCCAGUCCAGGCUGUGCCUGUAAGACUUUCUUACCCAGAUUGCUGGGUCAUGUGCUAACGGCUAGGGAUAGAAAGAGAGGGAAAGCAUGAUCUUCUGUUUUCAAGAAUUUCAGAGCUUUGGGGCCAGCCCGGUGAUGUAGCGGUUAAGCUCGCGUGCUUCGCUUCGGCGGCCCAGAGUUCACUGGUUCAGAUCCUGGGCGCGGACCUCCUCACCACUCAUCAAGCCGUACUGAGGCGGCGGCCCACAUAGAAGAGCUACAACUCUACAACUAUGAUACACGACUGUGUACUGGGGCUUUGGGGAGAAGAAAGAACAAAGAGCAAGAGUGACAACAGAUGUUAGCGCAGGGCCAAUCUUCUUCUUAGAAAAAAAAAAUUUCAGAGCUUAGCACAAAGCUAGUCUUCCCACUAGAAAAACAGAUUAAAGCGUAACCUGAUGGUGGGCUGCUAGCAUGAUUUUAACAAUGAAUGUGUUUUGAGCAUAGGCACUGUGACGGGAGGAUAACAAUUCUGUGACUCCAGCUUUCCCCUCCUCCCAGCACCUCUCUUCCUUCAUUCCAUCAUUCCAGUCUCUACCUGCGAUAUUUCCCUUCCUUCCUCCCAGUCGCUGUGUUUUGGGUAAAUGGGUAGUUUGAGUAGGGGGAUGUGGGGCAACUUGUUCGCUACACAGUUGCCGACAGAUAUUCUUCAGGAUGUAUAUUUAUUCUUCCUUCCUCCCUUCCAACAACUUUGCUAUAUUCUCUUCUUACACAAAUGAACUGGAAAAGGGAGACUCUUUGGGGAGGCCCUAGGAUGGGGAGAUGAAGAAAUCCAGGACCUAGAGUUGAAAUGGGUAAGGGGUGUAAACAGGUAAAGAACUAAAUGCCAUUUCAUAUUUCAACGACAUUUUUCUCAACUUUUCCUGUUCUUCCUCAUUAAAUUGUUAAGUAGGGGUUUGGGAAACAGAUUGAACAGUCCUGAUCUUCCUCCAUUAGGAAAAUGUCUGAGGUGUUGACCUGGAAAGCUGAUGAGUUAAUUUGCAUGCUGUUUCCACAGCAUAGCUGUAGGUUGUUUAGGGUGAAAAGAAAAGGAAAAAAAAAACAACACAAGUUUCUCUAACUCCUGCUCCAGCCUUCAGAAACCCUGCCAUGAUAAGCCUAGAGCUCUGAGCCGAGGGAAAUAGCUCUUGCGCUCUCUCCCAACCCCUCUGCCAACUAUAAAUUCUACCUCAUUUUCCCCAAAAACCAGUCCCAAAGAAUCUCUCCCCUUUCCAAAUCUCACAGGCAAGCAGACCUAGCCCCAUUCUGCAAGCCUGGAAGCUUGGCUACAGCCCCCUCCCGCUUCUCACUCCCUUCCCCUGCCUGGUUCAUUUCUUUUUCUGCUUUCUUCCUACCUCCCAGGCUCCCAACAACAGCAGCCAAUCCCCAGCCUGCUCUAGAGCCACACCAUAUAUGGAGAGGUUGGAAAGAAACCUGAGUAAAUGCGAGAGCGAACACACCACACACACACGCACACACACACGCCCACCCACCCAAACACACACACACAGAGUUUGAGUGCCUUUCCACACAUGACCCUAUGUUGAUUUGUCUGUGUAUGACACCAGUUCCACCGUUCCCUGUCCCUGGCUCACCCCACCCACAGAACGAGGAACCUGUUUGCUAUUCCCCGCCUUUAGUCAUGCCCCCUGAGACCAUCACUCCAACCAGUUGCCUCUGACCUAGAUUCUCUGCACUAAUUACAAGCCUAACGAGAUCUAACAAACACCCAACUUAGCACAGCUGAGACCCUCGAGGUCAAUUAGUGCAACCCAGCUCAGCUCAGAAAAUGAGAGAUGGAGCCAGAAACUCUUGCCCAUGCCUCACCCCAACCCUGGGCUUGGAAGCAGGCAUGGGGAGAAUGCAAAAGUUAGCAGGACCAGCUUAAAAAUAGGAUCUUGGAGAGUUUACAAGUGUGGGGAGAACUGCAAUAAGAUUGGGGAGCAAUUGGAAAAUACAGAUUCCCAAGUCCUCCAAAGUUAACAAGAGGGUAGAGGUUGGUGCAGCUACAAAAACAAGGGACAUAGGCAGUUUUCAUUUUCGUAAAGACAAUGUGGAGAAGAGUAACUCAUAGAAGAACAGGUAGCACUAGAACUCUUGAUGUGCAUGUCUCCAACUCUUAAUCCCUUCCCAUCUUUGCUUCCUGCUUUGGACAAGUUGGGGUUCUUCCCCUGUCUUUCCUGCUGGUUUGGGAUGGCUCUGAAGUCACCUCUUUGAGAAAUACUAGACUCAACCUCAUUAUUGCUUUUUCUUCUUCCAGAUACUAAACCAUGACAGCAAACAGUCCCUUCCUCCCAAGAAAUACAGAAAAAUGUAAAAUAGGGGUGAUCAGGUUUGGGUUAACAAAGUAUCAUCAGACACUUUGGGGUGAUGCCCAAAUUACUGUCUCUUAGAUGAAGAAUGAGAGGAAAUGGUCAGAAGUGGUAGCAUUGGGAAUCUGGUUGCUUUUGCAUGGUUUUCCCACCUGGCAGCAAAUGCAACACAACAAAAAGAAGGGGCAGGGCCAUGUGCCUCGGUCCCCGUUUUCUGGGUUCCUUUCUUUAGGUAGCAAAACAAGGCAGUGGAAUGAUUUUCUAUCCUAUGUCCUAUGCGUGCAGGCCAGUUGUCCUAACCUCACCCCUAAUGCUUGUGGCUCUGUUGAGGUGGGAGGGGGACGGAGACGGCUAGUGGAAUGCUCUAUGCCCAAGUGGGGAAGUGGACUUGGAGCCACAGCAAGAAUAGCAUGUUCCUCUUCCCCCAGCCUCCACCCAGCUCUGGCUGCAGAGGGCUGCACUCUGCUAGCACCCUGCCUCAUGCACAGUCCAGACUUAGGCAGUAACUAGGAACCUGGAGGGCAGGACGAUUCACAUAAGCAUCACGUCUAUAUGUUGAUGACUCCCAAAUUUACUUCCCUGGCCUGAACCUCCCUCUGGGAUCAAGCACUUACAGCCAAGUGCUUAUUUGACAUCUCUACUUGGGUGUCUAAUAGGCAUCUUAAACUUUACAUAAGUGUGGUAGAUCCUUAAAUAAUGGUCCUCAAUGAAUCAACCCCCUCCAUGCUCUUUUGCAAUAUCAGUUUACUGCUCCUCCCACUCGAGAGACAUUGCUAUUUCUCCAACAGCAGUUUGAACCGAGUUUGCCUUGUGACUUACUUUGACCAAUAGAAUGGGCCAUUCUGUAAGUUCCAGAGCUUAGGCCCUAAGAGGUCUUACAGUUUCCUCGCUGGCCCUCUUAAAAUUCAGCUGCAUGUAAGAAGCCUGGGCUAGCAUCCUUGAGGAUGUGAGACCACAUGGGGAAAGAGGCCCUGAAACCACAUGGAACCAUCCCAACAUCCAAGCCUCCAGGCAAACACAAGCUACAUGCAGCACGCUGGUGAGACCAGAAGACCAACCAUCCAGUCAACCCACAGAAAUGAAAGAGGAUCGGAAACAGCAUUCAAAUGGACUGAACAACAACAUUCAUUCCAUUUUCCGCCUAGGCUACGGUAACUCUCCCAAUCUAUGUCAUGAUAUAUUUGAAAAGAUUUAGACCAUCUGGACUUCCCAGAGAACUCCACGUGGAUCCACUGCAUCAACGACAUCAUGCUGAUUGCGCAGAAUGAGCAAGAAGAGGCUAGCACCUGGAAGCCUUGAGUCCGCUUCAGAUCACAUGUUGCCCUGGAGAACCAAGAAGGAUGAGCAGACUAACAACCAAUUAUGGCCCUAAAAAGCAAGAGGAAAGAAGAAAGCAAAGUCUUUAUUAUCAAACAAGAAAUAUGCUGUUUACAAAGGAAAUUGUUACAAAUUCUCUUUUUUUUUUACAUGAUGUUAUUGAAAUGAAAUCUAGUAAAUGUAUCUAUUAGUAAGGAAAAGACCAAAACAAUGCUGGGCAGUGACAUCAAAGUAACAUAAUACUGUAAUCUACUUGACAUUCUCUGAUGAUGUACUACAACACUGCAGCUUGUAAUUUCCUACAGAUUAACAUGCUAAGAAAAUGCCAGUUACUUAUUGGAAUGUAAAAUUUGGAUGAUUUUCACUGAUGUGGGGGGUUACACGCAUGAGUAUGUGUACAUAUGGCUUCUUUCUCCCACUUUUUACAAAAGUUGAUUGUGAUUAUCAACUUGUGAGUAAAAGCUGUCAUCAUGCUACCAUUAAAAAUCAUUUAUUAAAUCUCCAAAUCGCAAAGUA